AUUUUUUCUAAAGAACGCAUGUCUUUCACCUGUUUCGGAAGGUCUCAGGUUUUCUGUUUUUGUUUCAGAUGAAGAACAUUCUCGGACUUAUAAACGCCAGAGAGUUCAGUAGACGAAGGUGCCCCAUUCCGUGUACGGAUACAGGACUUCGGCAGUAUCAGCUGCAUGAUAUACUACCUCGAUGUGCCUUAGAGGAUAUAUUUUUGGGUUUUUCUGUGUGUGGACGAUUUUUGGUGUCCUACAAAUAUGAUUUCAAGAGAUUCUUCCUCCGAUUCUGGCUAUUUCCUCCGGCCCUGUUGGCACACCCGGACCGUUUCUCGCUCAAACUAUUUUCAGAAGCUGCUCUUCCAAGACUCACUUAUACUUCUAGGUUCAAUCACACACCUUCAGUGCGUUUCAUCCAAUCCGUACUCCAACCCUCGUCUUUCCUCAUCAUUUCUUGCGACUAUGAUGGGAACGGCUUACUGGCUGCAUUUGGCUCCAUGCCAGAUGUGGAAUGCACAGACUGUAUAUAUAUCUGCGCAGAGCUACAACAACGAUCCGGUCUUUCAUAUGGUUCACAUACAUGUUCCACACACUUGCAACUUUUGUCCCUGAAUUUGGAUCUUCCAACAGUAAACAAAUCCGUCUUCGAUGAAGAAAGCGCUCGAUAUGGUUUGGAGAUUUCGUUUCCAAAUCGUCGGUCCGCAGGUAAUACCGCGGUCCCACCGUGUCUUCGACCAGACCCAGUUCAAUCAGUCACCAGUGGCAAAGUUGAUGAGGUCAUUGUUGAAGACUGUGGAUGUUUCGCUUCGACUAACGCGCCGAUUGGCCUUAUCCACGUUUCUGUUUGCUCGCGCACCGGUUGUAUAAGAAUGGCGUGGCCAAGUCCGGACGGUCAGAUUAAAGUUAUUUCCUGUUCUUUUGAGCAACCUCUGUUGCCCCAGACUUCUGACCAGCCUUUGUAUAUUUUCCCCCAAGGUACUUCUGAUGCUUCCGGACUCGUGCCGUUUGCUUUCAACUCCUCCCUACUAACACAUAAUUAUUGUUCUAUUUGCUAUUCUUGGCCUGCUUCCGAAUUCCACCCGUGCACCCCGGUGACAAGCACAGAUCACAAAGUGAUCAAGCCGUACAACUGUUUGUUCCAUCAGCAUCCUUCCCUUAUCCAUUCCGUCCAAGAUCCACAUUCUUGGCCCGACAACCAUCGUCCUUCUGGGCAGCAUCCACUGGAAUCCAAUGCGCAUGUAUCCAAUUGCCCGAAUCGAUCGCCAAAUGGAAACCGCAUGAAAUUGCAGUACCCUGCGUUUUUCGCGGACCGUCCCUCUUUCGGUUGCUGUUUUCCUCCCCUUUAUUUGGCCAUGCUGCAGGACAUCCGUGCUUCAUAUAUUCACUGGAAGACAAGCAUUCCAACCAUCGAUUCAAGUUUUCCAUCCCCAUUUUUCCAGACGCUAGUUUCCCGUAUCACACUACCUCGUCAACAAGCCCUCGCAGACCGAACCGACUUACACGCGCUGCAGUCACCAGUCGAACCGGACUCCGCUGAUGAAGCAUUUCCUCCUAGUUCUCGAUCAUCUUCAGACAACGAGGACAUAGCAUUGGCUGCGAGUCCAGAAAGUGUGGACAGUGACCAAUCUCCUGAGGAUCUCCUAGUUCACCGACUUAGUGGACAGUGUCACACAUCAUUCGAUAUACAUUCCUGGGAACAGGUAACUGAUCCGGCUUGGAGCGUAAGUGGCAGACCUAGUUCUGAUCGCUUCAGUGGGAGGCUGGUUGCUCAUCUGGAAGAGACCGUUUUCGAUAUGCCCGGAGAGUUGCUUGAUCCCAGUCAGUCAAAUUCACCUCCCUUGGCUAUCUUUUUUCCUCCGGACAAUCAGGAUUUAUUACUGGUUUAUCGAUAUGAGCGCACUAAAGCCGCCCAUUCGUCGUCGUUUUCGUUGGUCGAUAUCAUUGAUUUAGUGAGCGGAGAACGUGCUCUCUUGUCCACAAAUGAUCAGUCCCGUCCUACGCCGUCCAUCUCAGAUUUGAUCCAAUCCGGUCGCUUGGAGCGCCUUGUAUCCAGAUGCCCACAAUCCAACCCACAUCCCGGUGUUCGUAGAAAGUUGAUUCAUGAACUGAACAAUUAUCACAUGUUUGUUCGUUUAGAAAGCCUGAAACUCAUGGUUGACCCUCAGGGCGGAUAUGCGGUUUAUUGGUGAUUGAUCGUUUCUCUCUUCUUAACGAACAAGAUUUUAUUUUAUUCUUUUAUUUUCUACUGCUUGACGGUGUGUAGCUGGAAAAUGCAUUUACU